AGAAAGAGGGUAGCGAGUGGGGACCAUUGUGAGUCUGCGAUUGUGGGGGAAUUUCUCCAAAAUUCUAAACCGCUGAGGGAACAGUCGGUGAUUCACAGCUGAGAAGAUGGAUAGAGAAUGGGGUUCAAAGCCCGGCAGCGGCGGCGCCGCCUCCGCACAGAACGAAGCCAUCGACCGCCGGGAGCGUCUCCGGCGACUUGCCCUCGAGACCAUCGAUCUUGCCAAAGAUCCCUACUUCAUGCGCAAUCACCUCGGAAGCUAUGAAUGUAAGCUUUGCUUGACGCUGCACAACAACGAGGGCAACUACUUGGCGCAUACACAAGGCAAGCGCCAUCAGACCAACUUGGCCAAACGAGCUGCUCGCGAGGCAAAGGACGCUCCUGCUCAGCCCCAGCCGCACAAGCGCAAGGUCAAUGUGCGAAAGACGGUCAAAAUUGGUAGGCCGGGGUAUCGAGUGACAAAGCAGUUUGAUGGCGAAACAAAGCAGAGGUCUCUUCUCUUCCAGAUUGAAUAUCCUGAGAUUGAAGAUAAUACAAAGCCAAGGCACCGUUUUAUGUCAUCUUAUGAGCAGAGGGUUCAACCUGUCGACAAAAGGUACCAGUAUCUUCUAUUUGCAGCCGAGCCUUACGAGAUAGUUGCUUUCAAGGUUCCCAACAUUGAGAUUGACAAAACUGAUAAGUUUUUCUCACAUUGGGAUCCAGACUCAAAAAUGUUCACAUUGCAGCUAUAUUUCAAAACUAAGCCACCAGAGGCGAACAAACUGCAACCUCCCCCUGCAGCCAAUGGCCCAGGUGCUCCUGGUGUUCCAUCAAGGCCUUUGCCCCCACCACCCCAAGGUCCUCCUCCUCCUCCGCCACAAGGACUGCCGCCUGGUGCACCAAUGGGAAAUCCUCCCAGAGCUCCUCCGCCAAUUCCUGGAUCUCUACUACCAUCAGCUCCUAUGGGAAAUGGCCCUAGGCCUAUGCCUCCUGGUGGUGCUCCGCCUGCCCCUCCUCCGCCCUCUGUUGGUAACACAAUGGCGAAUUUCACUCCUGGCACUCAGAUGGGAAGGCCUCCAUCAAUGCCACCUCCACAAGGCUUUCCGGGACAACAAAUGCAGGGCCAGGGUCUUCGUCCACCCCCGCCACCUCCUAAUAUGAGUUAAGGAAACCAAUUGCCUUUGGGGUGGCCGUCCUUGUACCGGAGCAUCUCAGCGAACAUAUUUGCAGUAUCUGUGUGGAGAAUGAAGUCAGCAAAAAAUGACCCGGUAUUCCCUUUAAACUGGAAGCUGUACCUUAUUAACGACCACUCCUUUAUAGUCCUACUUGUUCCUAGUUUGUUUCUGAAUUCCCAUUUUUCCCUUAUUAAAGACAAAUAUUAUUGUUAUAGGAUUGAAAUGGAGAUGUUAUAGUUUCUGGAAUUCGGGAAAGGAAACAUGCCUUGUGGCAAUUUCUUUUGGAGUGUACUUUUGGUUUUUGUGUGCAUUUACUUGCAAGCAAUGCAUUUGAUAUUAGGUCA